AUGGCCCCCUUCAGCUUCUACGCGCCCCUUCUAAGGACUGGAGCGUCAGGGCGUACGUGCUGCCUGCCCAACGCACUGCCUGGUCACAUCUUUGGCGUGUUUUUCUCUGAGGUGUGUUUUUCCUGCUUUGUGCCCCACUGCCUCAGUUUACUGAAUGGCUCUUGCCUGUUGGUCUUCCUUCCGGAAUUUCCCAGCCAUGAGCUCAUCUCAGUGAGCCAAGACUGCUGCAUUUCUGUGGUUUGUUCACUUUACGGACUGACCGCUUCGGGGACGUCGGCCCCGUUGGAUGCUGAGUGUCUUUCCCCACAAUUGCAGAUGACCCUGUGUUUGUCCGAGGCUCCUUUUGUGCCCGUCACGUGGCUUCCAGCACACGAGGCCUCUUGGGAGGUGGAAGGAAGUCGAUUUGCACUUUGCAGGGCUCUCGUGUCUGCUCAUUCCCAGGCCAGGUUGGAUUCGGUGCAGAACGAGGCUUCCGGGGUCAUGGAGUGCAGAGGUGGGAGGCAGCAAGGCCAAGGUGGGCCAGAGGGUGGACAAGUUCAGACGGGUGGAGUGGAGCGACAGAUGGAACAGGACUUUCCGGGCUGGGUGCUGACUGGGGGUGGGGCAGGAGGCCAAGACCAACAGAGCAGGAUAAUGGGGGCUGGGGGGACUGCACGCCCCUGGCCCCGAGGCAUGUGUGCUGGCGUGCGGAUCUCUGGGAGGAUGCGGGCUGUCCUGCGGGCUGUCCUGCUGGCUCUGGUCUCAGUGCCUAGGACCCAGGCAGUGUGGCUGCGGAGGCUGGACCCUAAGCCGCUUCUGGGGUCCUGCUAUGUUCUUGCCGUGGCCUCAGGUGAGAAGGGCUUUGCGUUGGAGAAGGCCACGAAGAACGUCGAGGGCGUCAUGGUGACCCUUACUCCAGAAAACAACCUGAAAAUGUUGUCCUCCAGGCACAGGAGAUGUGGGGCCCGGGUGUACCUGAGCCAGGCCUGGCCUUGGGACAAGCAAGGGCAGGGGAGGUCUGGGGUCGGAUGGCAGCUCCACGGUGUGGGUGAGCUUGGUCCCACGGGCCAUGGUGUGGCCCCAGAGCCACGUGGCUGGGUGGUCCCAGUGAAGCUGGUGGAAUCAGACUUCCAAAUACAGAAGCUGGGCCUCUGGAGGGCCUUGGGCCCUAUGCAAAGCCACGGAUGCCAUAGGAGCCACGGGAAUGCCACAGGGCUCAGACCCCUUUUUUGGCAUCUGCUCAUCGGACUUAUUGGUCAGCAGCCCCUUCUGGUGCCAGUGUCAAGGCGCAUCUCUGUCCAGGGACCUGGGCCGGACCCUGAUUUGGAAAGGUGGAUUGUGCUGAGGCCCCUCCUGCAGACACACAUUCAGAUCAGGGGUUGGAGGAGAGUGCACAGCUCAGGGGCGUCAAGCACAUUCACACUGUUGGGCAGCCGUCGCCCUCCGUCUGUCCUGGCUAUGGGGUCUCGGCCACAGGUACAGCUACCCAGGGAGUCCCACAGCCUCAACUGGAACAAGUUUUCAGGGUUCUGGUACAUUCUGGCUGUCACCUCUGAGGACCAGAGAUUCUUGCCAGGCAGAGACAGGAGGAAGCUGGGGGCAUCGAUGGUGGAGGUCCACAAAGCCGGCCAGCUGAACGUGGUCCUUGCCUUUAGCUGGUCACAGGGGUGCCAGUCACACACGUUAAUUCUGCGGAAAGAUAGGAAAAAGGCGAUGUUCAGGAAUCCUUUGAAGGGGGUUGAGGGCUUCCACGUGCUGUCCACCGACUACAGCUACGGCGUGGUCUACGUGCGCCUGGGCCGGGCCGGCCGGACCUCUAAGACCCUGCUGCUCCUAGGCAGACAGGAUACGUCCAGCUUCCCGAGCAUGAAAAAAUUCGUAGACAUAUGUGAGAUAUUGGAGCUCUCAAACAGUGGGACCAUUCUCCCGACAGAUGCCUCUUGUGCUCACACCAUCCUGCCCUGA